AUGGAAGGCGCUCCCCAGGUGGCUUCGACCGGCUUCCAGGUUGGCGUAGGCGCUCCCCAGGUGGCUUCGACCGGCUAUCAGGUUGGCGUAGGCGCUCCCCAGGUGGCUUCGACCGGCUAUCAGGUUGGCGUAGGUGGUCCCAAGGUGUCGGGGACCGGCUAUCAGGUUGGCGCAGGCGCUCCCCAGGUGGCGGCAACCGGCUUCCAGGUUGGCGUAGGCGCUCCCCAGGUGGCUUCGACCAGCUAUCAGGUUGGCGUAGGUGGUCCCAAGGUGUUUGGGACCGGCUAUCAGGUUGGCGCAGGCGCUCCCCAGGUGGCUUCGACCGGCUAUCAGGUUGGCGUAGGUGCUCCCCAGGUGGCGGCGACCGGCUAUCAGGUUGGCGUAGGCGCUCCCCAGGUGGCUUCGACCAGCUAUCAGGUUGGCGUAGGCGCUCCCCAGGUGGCGGCGACUGGCUAUCAGGUUGGCGUAGGGGCUCCGCAGGUGGCGGCGACCGGCUAUCAGGUUGGCGUAGGGGCUUCCAAGGUGGCGGCGACCGGCUAUCAGGUUGGCGUAGGUGCCUCCAAGGUGGCUUCGACCGGCUUCCAGGUUGGCGUAGGGGCUCCCCAGGUGGUGGCGACUGGCUAUCUGGGCAAGCAAGUGGCUCCUGCUCUGGUUAAAUCUGUGACUGGAAUGCAAGUGAACCCUGAUAGUGUGAGGGUUGUGUGUGGGGAGGAUUCAGUUAUGGUGGAUGUGCAACAAGACCUUCUAGCUAUUGGCCAGCUGAUCAAUGCAUCAGACAUCACCUUUGGUGGCUGUGCACCCAUUGGACAGGAUGCUUCUGGCACAGUGAGGUUUCUAUCUGCGCUGCAGGCCUGUGGAAGUACACUGACGAUGACUGCUGAUGCCCUGGUCUACAGCUUUGCAUUGAUCUACACACCCAGGGGUAUUAAUGGCCUCCCCAUUGUGAGGACCAAUGGUGCUGUGGUUGGCAUUGAGUGUCACUACUUGAGGAAACAAAAUGUGAGCAGCAAUGCCCUGGUGCCAACCUGGAUCCCCUACUAUGCCACAAUGGUUUUUCUCGCUUCCACCACCACAGAGCUGGUGCUCGGCUCGUUCUCACUUGGUGCCUGUUGA